CGUAACCGACACACUUAUCCAAAAGACGGACACAGACACAUCUUCAAACAGUGGGAAAGAAAACAUAGCAUCUUACAAACCACCUGACAGGAGGGAAUAUUGUUCAACUGACAGAGGAGAAAUAUUCAUCCUUCUUCUGGAUCUGCCCAUCCUUCACUUUCCCUCUGAUGUAAACUGAGUGGACUGGGCCAGGACUGAACCACUAAAAGGAUCUCCUCUGUUUCUUUCUCUCUCCCUUUAAAAAGCGGAUACUUUUCCCACCUCUCCGGCAGACUUAGCCAUCAAUGAGUGUGACCAACUCCUCUGCCCACCGAUCGGAGUGCAGCUUCCAGCAGACCUCUUCCUCCUCCUCAUCCUCCAACAACCCAUACAUGGAGAAGAGCAGGGGGCUUUUUGCAGAAGACUUUGGCUCUUUCAUGCGUCCUGAAACGGAAGUCUUGGGAUUUCCCAAUCAGACGAGGACAGCAGGGAAGAUCAAGACAAUGGGAGACAGCUACCAGUUCACAGUGGACGUCCAAGACUUCUCUCCAGAGGACGUCAUCGUCACCACCUCCAAUGACCAGAUCGAAGUCCACGCAGAAAAGUUGGCGGCGGACGGUACAGUGAUGAACACUUUUACCCACAAGUGCCAGCUGCCUGAGGAUGUGGACCCCACCUCUGUGACAUCAACAUUGGGCGCCGAGGGAACGCUUACAGUUAAGGCCCGCAGACACCCAUCCAAGCAUGAGCUCACACAUACCUUCCGCACUGAGAUCAAGAUCUAAGAAGACAGACUGGACUCUCUCAUGACCUCUGCUCCCUCGCUGCCUGUAAUGUGUAAUGCUAUAUACUGUGUUUCCCAUUUCCUGUCUUUACUAUUACACCUGUCCAUUUUGUACGUAUGUCUUCCUCUUCUGCCAUACUACCUCCUCCCAUACAUAUCGCUGCCUUGAAUUGACAAUAGUUAGCCUACUUUGUUCUUAUGUUUUCACACAUAGGGUUGCAAAAUACCUGGAACUUUCAAUAAAUUCUGGUUUUCCAGAAAACCUGGUUGGAGGUACCCGGAUUUCCUGCUUACUCCCUCCUGUUAGGGGGGGAUUUCGGGAAAACCAAGGAAUUUAUUGCUACCCUAAUCACACAUCACCUCCAAGUGUGUGUACACGCUAUCCCAUCCAUCAAUGAAGUAUUGCUUCUUCUUCUGAACUCUACAGUACUUCGUUUUGUGAAUAAAGUAGUUGAUUGAUAAUA